AUGGUCUCUUACACUGAUUUCCUUACAACCGAUCCCCUCGAUAACUACGAGGACGAGGCGAAAUAUACUCGUGAUUUCUUGCCCAAGUUGGAGAAGUACCGUGCUGAUCUUGAAAAAUCCAUCAAGCCUGAGUAUUCCGUUCAGUUACCCAAGCCUGUCGAGGAAUUGGAGAAGGAACAGUUUGACGCAUUGAAGUACCUUUAUGAUGAGAAGCUUUUAAGUGAGAAGGAGUUUGAAAUCACCGAUUCGUCUGCUUCCAGGAUUAUCAAGCAGAUCGCCCUGGGCUCGUGGUCUUCUGUUGACGUCUUCAAGGCUUUUGCUAAGAGAGCCACCAUUGCACACCAGUUGACUAACUGUGCUUUGGAGCUCUUUACUGAUGAGGGAUUGGAGCGUGCUAAGUACUUGGACGACUACUACGCGAAGAACGGCAAGACCAUUGGCCCAUUGCAUGGAUUGCCAAUCUCUUUGAAGGAGCAGAUUAACUAUAAGGGUAAGAUCACCCAUGGUGGUUACGUCUCUCAUGUUGUGAACAUCCCCGAGAAACACGCUCCAUCUGUGGAGAUCUUGGAGAAGUUGGGUGCUGUUUACUUUGUCAGAACUAACCAGCCUCAGACAUUGAUGCACUUGUGUGGUAACAACAACUUCAUUGGCUGGUCGAAAUGUCCAUACAACUUGUCAUUGACUUCUGGUGGAUCUUCUUCUGGUGAAGGUGCUAUCACUGCCUUUGGAGGCUCGGCUAUUGGUAUUGGUUCUGACAUUGGUGGUAGUAUUAGAGCACCUGCUGCCUACGCUGGUUCUGUUGGUUUGCGUCCAACCACUAGCAGAUUCUCCAAGGCUGGAGGUGUUUCCUCGGCUGGUGGCCAAGAGUCUGUUCCUGCCGUCCAAGGUCCGUUGGCCAGAUCAAUUGACGAUAUUGAUUUGUUGAUGGAUGCUUAUAUUAACCAGGGUCAACCAUGGAACAUUGAUUGCACUACCAUUCCAAUUCCUUGGAGAAAGGUGGAAAAGCCUAAGCCAGAGAGCUUAACAGUUGCCAUUGCAUACGAUGAUGGUAUUGUGAGCCCAACUCCACCAAUUGUGAGAGGAUUGAAGCAUGUUGCUGAGAAGCUCAAGGCUGCCGGCGUCAAGGUUAUCGAACAUAAACCUUUGAGAACCGAUUUCGCAUACAAACUCGUCAACAGAAUGUACUCUGCUGACGGAAACUACAAACAAAGAUUCCUUUUGGAAGGCUCAGGUGAGCCUUUGACUAAGAUGUCCAAAUGGAGUUUGAACUACGGUGAUGGUGCCAAGGAGUACGGCGUUGCAGAGAACAGACAGAUGAGCAUUGACAGAGACCAAUUGAAGCAGCAAUACACUGAUUACUUGAACGAGAACAACAUUGACAUGCUUAUCUCACCAGUGUACGUUAACGUUGCACCUAAGCCAGAAUCUGCUUACUGCUGGUCCUACACCACGUUAUUCAACCUUCUUGAUUUCCCAAGCUUGGCAUUCCAGACAGGACUCUUCCAAGACCCUAAGCUCGAUAAAUGGGACUCCAAGCCAACACCAAGAAGUGAGUUGGAACAGCUUGAACACGACCAAUACGAUCCCGAGGAGUUCAAGAACGCUCCUAUCGGUUUGCAGGUCACCGGUAGAAGAUACUUCGACGAAGAAGUGUUGGCUGCCGGUAAGACCAUCGAGGAUAUUUUGAAAGUAGACUUGCUUAAACAUCAUUAG